AUGCUGUCAACACAGAGCAGGACCCAGGUGUCACUUGGGAGGCAGAGCACACCUGUUUCUCAGCUGAACAAGGAUGGACAAAAAAAAGAGGCAGGGACUCCUCCAUCCCCCACCCCCAGGGAAGGGCGCCUCCAACCUUCGCUGGUGCUGGCCACGCUGAACACAGCCUUUGGCUCAGCCUUCCAAUACGGCUGCAACAUCGCUGUGGUUAACAUGCCGCACAGGGUCUUGAAGUCCUUUUAUAAUGAAACCUACUUUGAGUGACACGGAGCCUUCAUGGAUGAGAAAGUCAUGCUGCUGCUGUGGUCCUGCACCAUGUCCAUGUCUCCUCUGGGCGUCUUGGUGGGGUCCCUGCUUAUUGGCCUGCUGGUUGACAAAUGUGGCAGAAAGGGAGCACUGCUGAUCAACAAUGCCUUCGCCAUCCGUGCCAUCCUGAAGGGAGUCACCUACAGCUGGGACUGUUUCUUUUCUCCUCCCCUGGUUUUUGUUUUGCUAGAUCCAGGCAUCUGCUACAGUGCGCUUCCCAGGUACCUGGGAGAGCUAGCUCCCAAGAAACUUAGGGGUGCUCUGGGAACACUGACGGAGGUGCUUGUCAUCGUGGGAAUCUUGCAGGCACAGAUCUUCGGUUUGCAAGCCAUCCUGGGCAAGGUCCGGGGCUGGCCUGUGCUCUUGGCACUCACGGGGGUCCCCGCAGGGUCUUGGCUCCCCUCUCCGCCCUUCUUCCCCGAGAGCCCGAGGUCCACCCUGAUUCAGAAAAGAGAGGAAGAAGAAGUUCCACAAGUGCCCGAAGCAGAGAACAGGCGGGGUGCAGCGUGGGCAAAUGCACUGCACGACGCAGGCACCAGUGGGCCGUUGGCACUGGGGAGUCCAGGGAGGCUCUGGGGUGGGGUCCAGCGGAGAACAUGGUCAGAGCCGGCAUCGUGGCUGCUGAGCGUUGACUUCUGCAAGCUUGCCCAGCGACAGGAGGGGACCACUGUGCUCCCUGCAGCUCUGCGGAAGCUGAGAGGCUGGGCAGAUGUGGAGGACGAGGUGGAAGAAAUGCGCGUGGAGGACCAGGCCGAGAGGCCCGAGGGCCGCCGGUCUGCGCUCAGCCUCUUCACGUUUCCGCCUGUCCACUGGCAGCUGGUCUCCAUCGUCUUGCCCACAGCUGGCCGGCAGCGCUCCGGGGUCAAUGCGGUCAGUUACUACGCGGACAUGACCUACGCCCCCUCGGCCGGCACGGAGGCGGCUCCUUCCCAGUAAGUAACAGUGGGUGCCAGCGUGGUCGACAUAGCUAUGACUGCCAUCUCGGCAGGCGCCGUCAAGCGGCUGGGUAGGCGGCGCCUCCUGCCAGUCGGCUUCGGCAUCCGCGUCUCGGCGCUGCGCUUCCAGAGCACGGUCCCUGGGCUGUCUUACCUUGGCAUCAUGUGUGUCUUCGCCUACAUCGCAGGCCAUUCCGUCGGGCCCAGCCCCGUGCCCUCCGUGGUGAGGACCGAGAUCCUCCCGCAGCCCUCGCGGCCGGCCGCCUUCGCGGUGGACGGGGCCGUGCUCGGGCUCACCAGCGUCAUCGUGGGCUUCGUGUUCCCGUCCACGCAGGAGGUCAGUGGUGCCUACAGCUUCAUUAUCUUUGCCAGAAUCUGCCUCCUCACUGCUGUUUACAUCGACGUGGUCAUUCCUGAGACCAAGGGCCGAACAUUUGUGGAGAUAAAGCGAAUUUUUGCCCAGAGAAACAGAGUGGAGUUUCUGGAGAAGAAAGAAGAAAUCACAGAUGCUGGGCCUCACGUACCAUCUCUGCCUGCCAGGGAGACUUCCUUUUAG